AUGCGACUUCGCGAGAACAAAUGCAUCGGCGAAUAUGAUAUAUCAACCGCUUUAUGGCAGAAAUCGUGUGGAGUGGUAGACGAGAUCACACGAGCAUUCCAUAAAAUGUUGACGAAAGUAUCCUCCAAGUCAUACCCAUGCCUCGAAUUUGGAGAUUUCGUAAAGCAAGGCAGUUCCCGAGAGGGUUUGAAAAUUCGUCAUCCUGAUGAGUUCGAUAUGAUUCUGCCGUUCACGAUUGCGGGUGUUGAUAUACGCUCUGUUCCAGCCCUUGAUAGCAACGGAGAGCGAAUCCCCGCACUUGUGAAACUCCAAAUACCAGAUUCACAAAUUGAGCAUGUCAUGAGUGACAGCCUGUAUCGGUCGCUAAGAAGUAAAGAAGUCUUUGAACGUGUGGGCUCUGAUUUGUUCAUCAACGCAAUGUAUUUACAGACCUGCGUGAUAUCAUCGAUCAUGGAUUCUACCAUAAAUCAUAUACAGGACGAAAUAAAUGCGGAGACCAUAAAUCAGCCUUGUUCCUUUACUCUCACAAAAGCCAGCGUGUUUCCACCUACGUAUCGAUUCAAGAUAGUAAUCAAAAGCGACGACAACUUUGAUGAACUCUCUUAUGGUCGAACCGUGUUUGGCGGGAUUCAAACUGAAAGCAGGAAUAUUUCCAGAGAUAUGCGUAUGACAGGAUUUGGUCCAACAAACAAAAUGAUUGAGUUUGAUAUUGUGCCAGGAGUGCUCCUUCAAUCUGAUUUUGUUCCUAAUCCAGACAGCUGGAUUCCAAUGACCUGCGAAAGAUACGCCGUGAUGAAGUGGGUCCAUAAAGGACGCUAUGCAGGCAAUUAUCAAGAUCCUAAUCUAUUUUGGAGGGAGAGCUCGUGUGGCUAUGAGAAGCAUAUCAUGGAUGUUUGUCAAAGGGAACAAGAUAGCCGCUACAUCCUCACAGCGUGCAGAAUAAUGAAGGCCUACAUAGACGGCAUGGCUAGCUCAUCACAACUACGUAGUCUGCUGACGUCUUAUCACAUCAAAAACAUCGCAAUCCACUGCAUUCUUUUCCAGAUGCGAGUUUAUGGCGUCAAGGAAGCUCUAGGAUACCUCAUCGGGUUACUGGAGAUAAGCAUUGAAGUUAAGUUUUUGCCACAUUACUUCUAUGGUAAUCCAAAUAUUUCGAAGAUGUUUCCGACUCUUUUUGAAAACGCCUCACAUAAACGUCUCAACCUAUUCAGGGAUAUCCCCACAGACCACUUUGUUCAAGCCAAAUAUUCAUUUCUGUCGAUGCAAGCCGAUCUCCAUGGCUGCUUUACCGAACGUGCCUACCUUGGUAACCAAAAACAUGUCGAUUCCUUCAGAGAACUCUGCACCCUGUAUCCUGCAAAUGACGGAUGUAUAUUGAUGUAA